AGAAGGAGAGAAGCAAAGCACCUCUCUCUCUUGCUCGCUCGUCGGACAGGUCGCUCGAUCGGCUGCUCGCUGCCAUAGUGUCUCGGUCGACGUCGUACCGAUCGCGCUCGCUAGCUCAGUUCAGUCAGGCACGCGAGCCGAGCAGAGCAGCAGGUCGACGCGCGCGCCCGCGACUUUGCAGCUCGGAGAAAAAGUAUAUACACGUAUAAUACCCGCCACAAGCACAUCGCACGCUCUCUCGACUUUCUCCGAAAAAUCUCUAGCCGUCGCCGUCGCCGCUGCUGCAGAUACGCUCAGAGCCGAGUGAAAAUCGGCAGCGCCGCUGCUCGACCGGUUCCGCGGAGAGCCGCGCUUUUCGGUGGAUUCCGGUAGAUAGUAGACUCGCGCUCAUAGAGCCUCUCUCGCGAUCGAGAAAGAUCGCCCGCAGCAUCGAGGACUCGAGUAGCAGCCGAGGCAAGAAGCAGCGUCGACAUGAGGGUGCACCGUGGGAUCUGUGCCAAGCUCCAGGGAGGAUUCCUCAGGCGGUGGUGGGCCGCAGUGGCGGUGGGUGCUCUGAUGGUGAUAAUCGCGGCUGUCCUGGCGGCCGUCUUUCCCCAGCUCAUAAAUGUGAUCGUGAACAAGGAGAUCACCCUGGCCGAGGGCGGCCGCACCUACGGCUGGUGGAAGGCACCGCCGGUGACGCCACAGAUGCACGUCUACAUCUACAACGUGACCAACGCCGACGAGUUUCUCAACAACGGCGAGAAGCCCGCGUUGCAAGAACUUGGACCCUACGUCUAUCUGGAGACCUGGGACAAGGUCAACGUUAAGUUCAAUGACAACGGCACCGUUACGUACAACGUCAGGAAGCAGUUCAUCUUCUCAGAGGAGCUGUCAGUCGGUUCUGAGGAAGACCUCGUGGUAGUCCCGAACGUGCCCAUGCUCUCGGCGACGAGUCAGUCCAAGCACGCGGCUCGCUUCCUGCGACUGGCCAUGGCCUCGAUCAUGGACAUCCUGAAGAUCAAGCCUUUCGUUGAGGUCUCCGUGGGCCAGCUACUCUGGGGCUACGAAGACCCGCUGCUGAAGCUCGCCAAGGACGUCGUUCCUACCGAUCAGAAACUGCCCUACGAACAGUUCGGUCUGAUGUACGGUAAGAACGGCACCGCCAAGGACAACUACACCAUCUUCACCGGAUCCUCCGACAUCACCAAGUACGGACUGCUCGACAAGUGGAACGGCAAAGCCGGUCUUGGACACUGGACGACGCCGCACUGCGACAGCGUCAUGGGCAGCGACGGCAGCAUCUUCCCGCCACACAUCACCAAGCACACCGUGCUCAAGGUCUUCGACAAGGAUCUCUGCAGGGCUCUGCCGCUCGUUUAUAAGCAAGACGUAGUAACCGCCGGAGGAGUUCCCGGAAUGAGGUUUGUGCCGCCAGCUGACGUGUUCUCGUCUCCAGACCGAGUUCCUUCCCAGCAGUGCUACUGCCCCUCAGGACCACCCUGCGCACCCGAGGGCACCUUCAACGCCUCCCUGUGUCAGUACGACUCGCCGGUACUGCUCAGCUUCCCCCACUUCUACUUGGCCGACCCAGCGCUCAGGGAAGCCGUGACGGGUAUCUCGCCACCGGAAGCGGAGAAGCACCAGCUCUUCAUCGACGUGCAGCCGACCAUGGGAACAGCUCUGAGAGCGAGAGCCAGGAUCCAGAUCAACCUCGCCGUCAGCCAAGUUAGAGACAUCAAGCAGGUCGCCUCCUUCCCCGACAUCGUUUUCCCCAUCAUGUGGUUCGAGGAUGGAAUCGACCAGCUGCCGGAGGAAGUGACGAGUCUGCUGAAGAUGGCAGUGGACCUGCCUCCGGUCGCGAGGGCAGCCGUUUGCGGAGCCCUGGGCGCGAUCGGCCUCGUCGUGCUGGUCGGCGCGCUGAUGUGCCUGGCGCGCGCUGCCAAUCGUCAGGAGAAGCUCCACCUAAGCAACCCUCUGCCGGCCAACUCCACCAAGGGCAGCGGGCUCUCGCCGACCUUCCAGAACCCCACCGCCAAGUCGAUCGGGGGCGGCAAAUAGCCGAUUCUACCUCUUCACCGCCAGGAGAACCGGCUGCAAUUCUUCCUCUAGGCCGACGAGGGCCGAUCGGCGUCGGCUCGACGAUCGUCCGAGAAAACUACAGCACACAUCCGCGGCCGAUUUUUUCUCCGUUUUCCAUCGAGAAGCUCUCGCGUCCGCGUGCGGGCGAGAGUGUAUGUGUGUGUGUGUGUGUGUGUGUGAGAGAGAGAGAGAGAGAGAGAGAGAGAGAGAGAGAGAGAGAGAGAGAGAGAGGAGCGACCGGUCGAACCGGACCUGUCUUAGCUUUUCCCGCUCCUCUCCCUCCCUCGCGUCCUGCGCACCGCGACUGCUACCGAUUCCCGUCGAGGCCUGCGAGAAGCCUGUGUGCGUGCGUAUGUACAUGUAUAGUCUUGUGACGUGAUAUUUAUUAUGAUUGUCCCCUCUUUUACAUUCUCGACAACGACGACGCGAAUCGCAUGAUGCGAGGCGAAUUCCUUCGUGCACAUCGUACACAUACAUAUAGAGGCGGAUGUAUUAUAGCUAUGUAUACCUGCCGCAAGAUCCGCGCCCUCGUCUCGCGCGCAAGCGAUCUAUCGGUGUAUUGUGUUACGCGUUAUCCGUCGGUAAUGCCGCUUACGAUCAAGCUGCUCUCUCCGAUCGAUUUUUAUAUGAUCCACACGUGAGUCUUUACGUUGUUUUUUUCUCCUAUCUGUAUGAUCAUUUGAAAAAGAAAGAAAAUUUUAUCUUACAUUCGAACCCUACUCGCUGCAAAUUUUCCUCUCCGUUUGUUUAUUACUAGUUUCGAGCUACUAUUCCACUGUUCUCUCUUCGAUACAUACGCAUAGCUUCUUUCGCUAGUGAAUGAAUUACUAUGUAUUAGCGCGAGCUCGUGAAACUAUUUUUUAUUGUUUAUUUGACAAGUUAUUGAAUAUUUUUCUAAUGUACUUAAGGAUGGAUAGGUUGUAGGUGCUGCGUUAUAUUAUUAUUAUUAUUAUUAUUAUUAUUAUUAUUAUUAUUAUUAUUAUUUACUAUUACCGCAUUAUUAUUUUAUUUUUAUUUUGUAUCUCUAUUGCGUCGCAAGAGAAGAGGAAAAGAGGUUGCGCUGGCGAGCUUUUUGUUGAAAAUUCGACAAGCUUAUUUUAUUCGAUCGAUAUAGCAGUGUAUCAUCGAUUAUUGUGCAUUGAUUUAUACCACAGAGUCAAUUCGCUACUGGACCAAUGACACAAUCUUGUUUUUAAAUUUCGGAUGUACAAUGUGCGGUGAGAAGUGCUACGAAAAUCGCGAUACAUGCGAGCGUGUAUGCGAGAUUUUCAUAAACAAAAAAAAAAUCUCAUUCUGUAAACGCGCAAAAAUUGAUGACAUAAAUUGCUUGUGUAUCAUCUUUUAACUCUCUGGAAUAAAUCAUACUUAAAUAAUUCUUAAGCUAGCGUAUUGUAUUUGACGAAAAUUCGAAUUCUUGUUUGCCAAGUAUACGAUAAACGAUGUGAACUAGUUUGUAGUACGAUGUAAAUUUUAUUAAUUUUUAUCUUAAUACAAUUCUGCAUGGACAUGCGAAAGAUCUGAAUCUAAAUACAGAGUUACACACCCUCGAAGCUUAUUGUUCGAAAUAUGUAAUCUAGAAAACAUUGUAAAAGUGUAAAAAACAGAUAUGAUGCGUUUAUAUGAAAUGUUAAGGUUAAACUCAUUCGGUGAGUGCCAUUGAUUUUAAAAUAAAUUUAAAAACAAUUUCGUAACUGCAAACGCGUCUAAAGCUUCGCCAAGGAGCAAUGGAUCGAAAUUCGUGUCACGAUUGAUUAUACCCAGAAAUGUGUCGACACGCUACUGUCAGCAAUUGUUCAAUUUUUAACUCAGUGGCGGGAGAAAUAUUUGUUCGACGAUUUUUAAAGUCUUUUUAUGACCCACCUGCUGAGUCGAUGUACGGACACGCUUGAACAAAAUUUGCAACUUAGCGUAUUCAGGGAAGACUCAAACUCAACUGUACAUCAACGUUUCGAAUAAAAAAAUGACAUAAUGAACAAACUCAUAAGAUCAAACGUCCACCAAGUUUUUUUUACAAACAUCAAAACAAUCCAGUGAAAUGAUUAACAUUGCGAUUGCCACGUUUGGUACUACUUUUUUACACUAAAAUGAAAAAAGAAUUUGCAAGCGAUCUAUGUUUUGUAGUAUUUAUUGAGACUAUUCAAUAUUUCUGUGUUUUUCGAUUUUGAGUAUUCUAACUAAGAAGUAUAAAUGUUUUGUUGUUAUAAAGAGUAAGAUACUGGUAUACAUUUGAUUGUAUGAAAUUGUCACACAACAAACAGUGUCUCGAAGAAAAUGACAGCGUAAGCAAUUUCUCAUCGACUAUUUGUAACUCCGAUAAUGUGCAAUGAUUUAUCGUAAGACAUUUGAUCUUUUAAUAGAAUAAUAUGCCAAAACAGAUUUCUCAGCGGGCAAAAAAUCUUUUUUUUUUUAAUUCUGCGUAUAUUCCUGGAAAAAUACGAGAUUAAAAUAAAACAACAACAACGGGAGCGCGCGGUUACAACGUGUCACGGGCAAUAUGCUGUUUGUGUGUGUGUGUGUGUGCAAGAGAGAGAGAGAGAGAGAGAGAGAGAGAGAGAGAGAGAGAGAGAGAGAGAGAGAGAGAGAGAGAGAGAGAGAGAUGCCGGAAAUUGCGCCAGCGCGUAACACACAUCGUGAGACUCUCCGUUGCUUCUACUGCUGUGCAGAGGAUCGGCAAUUCGAACGUAAGCCCAUAAAAGCAAGGCGGGCAAGUUACUCAAUGAACUACGCGCGAAAGAGAAUUCUAAGAGGUGAGCAUGCAAAGACGUGUGCAUUAUUGUUGCAAGCGAUUGUCCGAAAAUUUGCAUCACUGAGCACUGAUUUUAUUAUUUCGUGUGAUCGGAUUUUAUUCCUUGGAUUGAUGAUUUUAAUUUUAUGACCUGCAAGUAUUUAUCACGAUGUCAUUUUCCGCAAAAAAACACAUCUAGAAUGUUCAGCAGCUGUCCAAGAUAAAAUACAAUGAAUAAUAAAACAUUGUCAAGCUCAGCAAGAUGUGAAACGAAUGCUAACUUGUCGAAUUUAUCCGCUCAACUGAAAGCGUGAAUUAUAGAAGUAAAACAUACGGAGCAUAGAAUGGAAUAUAUACUUGUCGUAGAGUGAAGUUAGUCACAAAAAAUUGUCAAAAAAUUCAUGCAAAACGAAUGAAUUUAUAGUUUUUGUUAUAAUAGCCGUGAUGCCUUUAUGUAUUUUAUACCAUAAGAAUAAGCCAUAAUCUAGUUUUUAUGACUACUCAUCCUUGUUUAAAUUUACAAUAUAUUAGGCCGAUCAUAUGCAAAAGAAUAUUUUUAUAUUCGCAAAUCUGUUUAAACUGGAACGUCUAAUCGCGAUUACUGAGCAUCAGAUGGAUUAUGGCUUUCUUCGUGAACGAAUAAAGAACGUGUAAAAUAAUAUUGUACAAAGUAACAAGAAUAAUCUAUGAUACCUAACUUCUAAAAAAAAAAGACAAACAAAUGUUUACAAACAUAUUUUUAUAGAGUAUCAAUUAUUUAUGAUAUAAUAUUGCAAUUUUUCUCGUUCUGGAUAAUGUAAAUACUCUAAUCGUUUGAUAAAGUAUUUUGGUGUCUCAAACAAACACAAAGGCGAAUCAAUGUUAAAAUUUUAAGGACUUGUCUUACUUCCGUCCAACUGUAAUAAUAAAAAAAUAAAACUAAUAUACUAGAAGUAACGAAUUCACUGUAAAUGUUUACCGCUAACAUAUAGAUAGGAGAAGGUUCUUAUUAUAGAAGAGUAGGAUGACACUACUUUUGUACAAUAAAAUAAAUUUAAGAUAAAGAUGUUAAAA